CUGAAUCUCUAGAACAAGAACUAAUAACAAGGAAUGCACCAAAUAUAGUUAACAGUGCUGAAGGUCUUACUUCAAAUGCCUUAGACAUGUCUAACAAUAUGAUUGUAUCAAAAAUAGAAUCUUCUAGAAAGAGUCAUGUAGAGUCAGAUAAUACUGCAUAUACAACUCCAGAGACAAUACAAGAAGAAGUAUAUGAGAAGACAAAACUUAUAUCUACAAAUGAGAAUAAUACUGAAGAGACAAGUAUACUAGAUAUAAACUCAGAGAAAGAGACAGCUUUAACAGAAAAGCCUAUAAAUACUGAACUUAAAGAAACAAUCUGUAUAAGCAAAAAUAGAGAUAAAUUAAUAGAUGAUUAG